UUCAGAGCUCAUCUGAAAAGUUGCAAAUUAAGAACCAAUGACAACAGGGGACUGGUGUUACCAUAUGUAACCAAAGGCAUUUUGCAUUUUUGUUUCUGCUGAAGGUUUUUUGGAUUUCCAAGACAGUUUGUGUCUAAAGUGUUCAAAAAGUUGCUGAGAUCUCUCUCUCUCUCUCUCUCUCUCUCUCUCUCUCUCUCUCUCUCUCUCUCUCUGCUUUAUGUUCACUUAAUUAUUUACCCAAAGCAAAGAAAAUAUAUUUCCAUGCAGAUUCAAGACACAAGAGAAGAAGGAGGGAGGAAAGGAAAAUCAGACUCUUUGAAUACUCCACGGAUCUAAAAUUCAUUUAAUGCAUGAAAACUGACCGUGCUUCAUACUUAUCCUGCAGAAUGCAUUCGAUACUCCAUUUAAAUGAAAUAUACUGAACAUUUCAUGACUGGCACUUAUGUCCUGCCUUGUCACGGCUGGGUAUUGAUUUGCCUCUGCUCUACCCACCUGGACAUCUGCCCCACGCCUGGGUUGGCCACCAUGAACGUGACCAACGGGGUCCUUGGUUUCUGCUGUUGGUACUGGCUUUGAGGAGAGUGGCCGUGCACAGGAUCUGAUUGACCGUCAUGGUCCCUGUACUCCUGAUUCUUUGGGGAGCCACGGUGAUACCACCCGCCGACUUACUUCCUGACCCAAAGCUGUCCCUUCUCCCGCCUGUGAAUUUCACCAUCAGAGUCACGGGUUUAGCUCAAGUCCUUUUAAGCUGGGAACCAAAUCCUGACCAAGAGCCAAGGAACGCUCACCUGGAAUACCACGUGCAGAUCCACGCCCCACAAGACGAUGACUUUGAAACCAGGAGCACGGAGAGCACUUGCGUGGCCCCCCUCCACGAAGGCUUUUCGGCAAGCGUUCGAACCAUCCUGCAGGAAGGGCACGCCCCCCUGGCCAGCAGCUGGGUUUCUGCAGAACUCCAAGCCCCACCAGGGUCUCCCGGAACCUCAGUCUCGAAUUUAACUUGUGCCACCAGCACGACGACGGCAGGUGGUGGCCACCUGAGGCCACACCGAGUUUCUCUCCACUGCACCUGGCUGUCGGGCGAGGAGGCCCCCCCAGACACGCAGUACUUCCUCUACUACAGGUAUGGCUCUUGGACCGAGGAGUGCCAGGAAUACAGCAAAGACCCGACCAGCAGAAAUACCGCCUGCUGGGUCCCAAGGUCGUUCAUCAGCAGCAAGGGGCACGGCUGGCUGGCGGUUCACGUUAACGGCACCAGCAGGACAGCUGCCAUCAGACCCUUUGAUCAGCUGUUUGGGGUGCAAGCCAUCGCUCGAGCGAAUCCGCCAGCCAAUGUCACAGCCCAGAUCCAGGGAACGCGUCUCUCCAUCCGUUGGGAGAAACCCAUUUCCGCCUUUCCACAGCACUGCUUUGAUUACGAAGUGAAGAUACACAACACAAAGAAGAAUUAUUUGCAGAUGGAAAGGAUCACGACCAACACAUUCGUCUCCGCCAUUGACCAUCUCUCCAAGUACUCCAUUCAAGUGAGGGCGGCCGUGAGCCCCGCCUGCAGGACAGCCGGGCUCUGGAGUGAGUGGACUCCACCUAUCUAUGUGGGAAGCGAGGCGCGGAAGCCCCUGAUGGAAUGGCUGCUCAUCCUGCUCACGGUGACCGUCUGCUUCGCGGUGUUGAUCUGCCCGCUGCUCUGCAGGAUAUGUCACUUGUGGGCCAGGUUGUUUCCACCUGUUCCAACCCCGAAAAGUCACAUCAAAGAUCUCCUGGUGACCGCUCACUGUGAGAAAGCGGGUUCCAGUGCCACAGAGACGGAAGUCAUAAGUUUCGUGGAAGGGCUUGGAUGUGAGGUCUUGGAAAAUUCCGUGUUCUGAUUCCUUGGAGCCUUCUUGGAAGGACUUGCACCACGUUCUGGCCCAUGAGAACAGGGACGGCUGCUUCUUCCGCGAAGACGUGUUCAGCAUUUAAGGAGCCCUCAGCAGGGCGAAAGGGGCGCACGCCUCUAAUCCCAGCGGCUUGGGAGGCUGAGGCAGGAGGAUCCAAGCUUGAGGCCAGCCUCCGCAACUAAGCGAGGCCCGAAGCAACUUAGCGAGACCUUGCCUCAGAAGAAAAUAACAACACUGAGCUGAAAAUCUCAGGAAGGACAUGGGCCUAAAGUCAAUCACGAAUCCGGAUUCAGAGAACUGUCUUUCCCAUAGCAAUCAGGAGCUGCCCAUUUUUGAGGGCUUUUUUCUUGGACUUCUAGAAUCCCUUUUGCUCAAGGAGCAGGCAUGUGCGUGUGAGAGAGAGAACCAAACUGACUCUCUCAAGCCCCAGCGGCCUGAUCCAGGGAGCAUCCUUUGAGGCAAACUGAUGUGAAAACAUCACCCUGCUCUUGAAGGUAGCAUUAAUAUUCUGGAAAUAUUAAGGAAAUAUCUCUGUCACCUUGACAAGCCUGUGUGGCCUCUAGUCACCUUAUCAAUGCCCCCAUUCAACAGAGGCACUCACAGACGUUGAGAGAGGUCCGUAGGCAGAAAAUGGCAUAGUGAGGAGGUGAAUGCCAAGUUCAGGUGACCCCAGGAAGAGCCCAUGGGGGGAAAGAUAAGACCUGCUUUAGGGAGCAGGAAGGCCGAGCCUAGGGAUGUGCUGUAGUCAUUUACCAAGGGUUUGCCCCCCGCCAUCUGACCCAGGAUCCCUGGAAGGUGUCCAGAAAACUAUUUUUAAUGAACACCUUAGAUCAAGAGUUGUAAGCAAGCAUCAGCCGGGCACCGUGGUGCACACCUGUCAUCCCAUUGACUCGGGAGGCUGAGGCAGGAGGAUCGAGAGUUCAAGGCCAGCCUCGGCAAUCAGCGGGACCUUGUCUGAAAAUAAAAAGGGCCGGGGAUGUGGCUCCAUGGUAGGGCGCUCCUGGGUUCAAUGGCUAGUACCACAAUAUAUAAAUUGAAGUCACCUGGAGGGUCAUUAAAAUCCUGAAGACCGGGCCCCAUCCUCAGGUCUGAAGGAGGAGGUCUGGGACAGGCUCUGACAAUUUGCACUGCCACCAGCUCCCCGGUACCCCUCGUGCCGUGGGUCUUGGGAUCACACUUGGAGAUUCGCUGCCCUGGGUGACUCUGUGCCUCACCCACGUUGAAAGUGGACUGUGGACAAUGAGGAACGGACUUCAGACCUGGGCACCCAGAAGCACCCAGGAGCUGGACAUCUGAAGCCGUGGGGGGCCUUCUCUGAACAGGCAGGCGCUGUGACAUGAGGUCUGCAGUGUCCAGCCUUCCCCAGGCUGCAGAGAACUGGGACCCCUGGAGGGGACUGUUAAGGUCCCGGGGCCCUCACUAAAACAGGUGAGUGUCAGACACGUGGGGUCUCCUACAUCCAGACCCCAGCUGUAGCUCCUGAGAGCUGAGGGGCUCCUCAGGGGACGCUGUGGUUUUCAGAUAAGUGACGUCGUUAUCUCUUGCGACCAACGAUGGAUGUCGUAACCACCUGGGUCCAGGCCCUCACAGAGGAAGUGGCUGGGGCCUAGCCGAAGGGUACGAUUUAGGGGAGACGGGCAAAUCAAGGCAGGAAGAACACAGGACUCAGUUAGACCUGUGAGCACCCCGCUGUCCUCAAUUUGAGGCAGUUGGUGCUGGACAUAACCCUCUCCCUUCACUCUCUCUAUUAAACGUUUUGUUUACUA